AUGAAGUAUUUAACUAGAAAAUUAUGUAAAUUUCUUUGGCAUAUAGAGAAUGUUCAAAUAUGCACUUAUAAAACUUUUAACCCUUGUUUCAAGACUGAUUAUAUAUGUAAUAAAAAUAAUCAAGAAAGAAUAUUAAAAAAUAUAAAUAUAAGAAAAGGUGUAGGGAAUAUUAUUUUAAUAAAUGAGUUGAAUGAUAAAAUGAUCAAAGCAUUUGAAGGAGAUAAAGAACGUUUUCUACGACUUAUAGAACAAGAGAUAUACAAAUUACCUAAUGAUACACAUCCUGAUGUCAUUGAUUAUAAUGAUGAACCUAGAGAAGUUGAAUACAUUGAUGCAAAACCUAAAUUUGAUUUCAAUCCUUUCGAUUUGGGAGAUAUUGGAAAUAAAAUGAAUAUAUUGAGAACAGAUAAUCUAAGCGCCAUGACAGGUCCAAAAAGCUAUGUUUUUAUUGAUUCUUUAACACAUCUUGAGCGGGCUCUAAUACUAUACACAGUAAAUGUAUUAAAAAAUAAUGGCUUCAAGUUUGUAUCGGUCCCGGAUAUUUUACCAUCUACAAUAAUUGAAGGAUGUGGUAUGAGCACUAAAGGAGAUCGCAAUCAAGUUUAUCAUCUAUCAAAUUCUCACGGUAGUAAUCUAUGCUUAGCAGGAACUUCUGAAAUAUCCAUAGCUGGCUUACUGGCUGGAUCUCAAAAUUUAAAUGUUGAUGAGCCAAUAAAAUAUGCAGCUAUUAGUAGAUGUUAUCGUGCAGAAACUUCGGGUGUUGCGCAGGAAAAAGGAAUAUAUAGAGUGCACCAAUUUACUAAAGUUGAAAUGUUUUUAUGCUGUCAUCCAAAUGAAUCAUCAAAAUUAUUAGAUUAUAUAAUAGAAAUACAAAAAAAAAUUAUAACUCCACUCGGAAUACAUGUGAAAAUUUUAGACAUGCCACCUCAUGAAUUAGGUGCUCCUGCUUAUAGGAAAUAUGACAUGGAAGCAUGGAUGCCUGGAAGGAAUAUGUGGGGCGAAAUUUCAAGUUGUAGUAAUUGCACAGAUUAUCAGUCACGGCGAUUAGCUAUAAAAUUUGAAAAAAAUGGAAGUAAAGAUUUUGUACAUACAUUAAAUGGUACAGCUUGCGCUGUGCCAAGAUUACUCAUAGCACUUUUAGAAACACAUCAAAAAAAAGAUGGAACUAUAUCUUUACCUAAAGCCUUAGUACCGUUUAUGAACAACUGUGACAAGAUAAAGAGAAUGAAACGAGUACCAGAUAUAAAAUUCAUCAAAAAUUUGAAGGUCUAA